AUGAAUGAAACUAAUAUAACAUCAAUUAUAUUCGGUAUUAUUGUUGGUUUUUAUAGUACAUUAUUUCUUCUUUGUCUUUCUGAUAUUGUAUAUUUAAGUAAAGAAAUGAUAAAAAUAAAAGACGAAUUAGAUGAUAUUCGAAAUAUGUAUACAAAUCAAAGUUUAUUUAAUCAAAUAACAUUUAUUAAUUAUUCGCAUAAUAAACAUUCAUUAAUAUCACGUACAACAAAAAAAAUAUCUGGUCAAUUAUGUUUAUCAUAUUACGAACAACGUCAAAUACUUGAUUAUAUUAAUUUUAUAUGUAAUAUAUCUAUACUUAUAUUUACGAGUUAUUCAAUAUAUAUUUAUGGUAUUGGUACACAUCAUGGUUUAAAAUAUCGUUUUAUUUUUUUUAUUUUUAAAAUAUUAAUUAUAACUCUAUCAAUAUGGCUUAAUUUAUAUUUUAAACAAGGUUUACCAAGUGAUGUAUUUCUUUAUAUAUGGAUAGAUAUCAAUUGUAUUGUAUCAAUCUAUCGUAGUUUACGUGAAACAAUAUAA